GAGGGGUGGGGUCAGAGGUCAGGGUUCACCGGGUCCAGGCGGCGGGAGCCUCGGGAAUGUCGAUGUGAAGGUGUUUUUUUUAUAUAUCCGAAAAGGCGGCGGCACCAGCGGAAGAUGCACAGCCUGGGAGCGGGAGCGCCGGUUACUGCGCUGGCUCAGGUGGAUCGUGAGAAGAUUUACCAGUGGAUCAAUGAGCUAUCCAGCCCCGAGACCCGGGAAAAUGCCUUGUUAGAACUCAGCAAGAAGAGAGAGUCGGUGCCUGACCUGGCCCCCAUGCUCUGGCACUCUUUUGGAACUAUUGCUGCCCUCCUACAGGAAAUUGUAAAUAUUUAUCCAUCUAUCAACCCUCCAACUCUCACGGCUCAUCAAUCUAACCGCGUGUGUAAUGCACUCGCAUUGUUGCAAUGCGUAGCAUCACAUCCAGAAACCAGGUCAGCAUUUCUAGCAGCCCAUAUCCCGCUGUUUCUCUAUCCAUUCUUGCACACAGUCAGUAAGACGAGACCCUUUGAGUAUCUGCGACUCACCAGCCUGGGUGUUAUAGGCGCCUUAGUGAAAACAGAUGAACAGGAAGUCAUCAACUUCCUUUUGACAACAGAAAUUAUUCCUCUCUGCCUCCGGAUAAUGGAGUCAGGAAGUGAAUUGUCCAAAACGGUUGCAACUUUUAUUUUGCAGAAGAUCCUAUUGGAUGACACAGGACUGGCUUACAUCUGUCAGACGUACGAACGAUUCUCUCAUGUGGCCAUGAUUCUGGGUAAGAUGGUGCUGCAGCUCUCCAAAGAGCCCUCAGCCAGAUUGUUGAAGCAUGUCGUUCGCUGCUACCUCCGUCUCUCCGACAAUCCACGGGCAAGGGAGGCACUCCGACAGUGCCUGCCUGACCAGCUGAAAGAUACCACGUUUGCCCAGGUGCUGAAAGACGAUACUACUACCAAGCGUUGGCUGGCCCAACUUGUCAAGAAUCUCCAGGAGGGACAGGUUACCGACCCUCGGGGAAUCCCCCUGCCACCCCAGUGACUGAAGUGACCCUCCUGUAGGCUGAGGCCAUCAGGCAGCAUCGUUGCUGGCACAGUCUGGGAUUUGGGGAGUGGGGCAAUGCUCUAUUUGUACAGAUCACUGUGGUCUUUGAAAUAAUGGGGAUGUUGGACUCCUGAGAUUCUGGACAGUGAACUGCGGAGUACAUUACUGGACAACCCGUCUUCUUUGCUCCUCCGUCUCUCUGCUGCCAAAUAGCACUCAUUUGCGACAUGGACUGUGAUUGAAUGAGCCACAUCCCUUGAGCUGGUACAUCAAGGCCUCAAUGGUCUUUGUCAACUUCCAAUAUAACGUUUCCAGGCUUCGAAUUUCACCCACCUCUUCAUAAAUACUGUCCAGUUAGUGGGAGGAAAGAGGGAUUUGAUCAGUAUUCUCUAGAUCCAAGCUGAGCUAAUUUCGAUGAGUGGUUUGUCCUGGUUAUAGGCCUGUCUGGAGGGGACUUCUCUCUGUUACAUGUAGCCUCACUGCAUCAGAAAGUAGGGAAUAGUUGAGUCCCAAUGUAAGGCCGUUCAUGACUUCUAAAAUUGUUCCUACUCUCUCCCAUUAAUCCUUUUUGACAUGCCAAUGCAUAUUCUCACCAGCCCCUCACAAUCCUUGCAUUGUACUGUAGGGAGAGACAUUUCCUGCACUGAGGUACAUUGCCUGUGCUUCCUGCUGGUCUCCUCCUGCACCUAUUACUUUGGAGCUUCAUUGAUGAUCCUCGCUAAGACUGGAAGGUUGUACUGUGGUGUCGGCUCUCCUUUUCGCCAGGCAUGGAUGGGAGAAGAGUAACUCGGAGUUGAGAGAUCUGUGUGAGUAAACAGUUCUCUGGGAAGGUGGUCCACUCGUUUGACUAUUCAUGGGCUCAGUCUCUGGAAACUUGCACUCUUUUCCUUCAGUAUAUUCCAGCAGUGUUUCUAUUCACCCAACCCUCCCACCUAGCCUCCAUUCCCAGACCUCCAACAAGUCUAUGUUUUCAGGGUAUCCAUUCUCCUGUGUCCUAUUUGCUGGCUGGCUAUGUUGUACAGCGCACCUCAAUCCCAAGCUCUGGCUCAGCUGAAUCUCCCUUCGCCUUUGUUUCACCAGUGAGAGAACUUUAAGGUCAGACAGCACUUCAGUCACUACUGGGUGGCAGCUAGUUAAUAUUGGGGCACAGCUGUUCCAGCACCCCAAACUGCCUUAAUGCAUUCCAGCCUGACUUACUGAAGACUCAGGGCCCCUGGGGUCCAGUCACACCUCCAGGAUACCUCUUGCAGUAAUCCUCCCAUUCCCAUCCACCUCUGUCCCAAUCCCAUGGCACAAGGAUGUAGAUUCUGGGCCAAUUCUGAACUGGGCUUUCUUUAAGGGGAGGGGGGACAUUGAAACCUACAUGUAAUAAUUUCUUUUAAAAUACCGUUACGCUAACCAGUGGAUUGUGUUGAGGAAAAUGUUGCAUUGAGAUCUGUUUACUGUGAGCCCCAUAAUGGUCCAGGGCUGUUUAUAACAAUGAUAGCUGCCACUUAACCCCUUGCUGGUGCACAUGAUGAUUAUCCCUCACUGUCCCUCCUUCCCUAGCUCGGUGUUAAGUGGGUAUGUGUGAUCCCAUAUAUGGUGCAUUAACGUCUGGUAUACAGAGUCUGCGUGGUGUCACUUAAUACCAUUCAUUGAGUUCCUCAUUGAUCUGCAACUUUCUGUCAGUGUGUUAGCACUCUGCGAUCAGCUUAAUCUUCCUCUCCCUGGUAGGUUAGCUGGGGAGAGGGUGCAUUCAGUCAGGCUGGGGGUUGCCCUGGAGGGAGCUGCUUUGCCUUACUGCCAAUUGAGGCCUUUAUAUAGGUAAUUAAUGCCCCCAUUUAAAAGCAACCUCCUGUUGCUGGUGUUCUCCCAGUGGUGAGAAGUGGGGGCAGACAGCAGAGAGCUCAAUGAGAAAACCCCAGUGGGAAUUGCUUGUGGAUCUUUGGGAAUGCCCCUCAAUCAAAAGAUUCAGAUUAAAGACUAGGCUUUGGGAAGGGGGUGGCCUUCUGGGAGCAGUGAUGCCCCCACCCCCCUUGCCUUGACAACAGAUAGUGCACCACCUGACCUGCUGAGCGAUUGAAGAGCCUCUACCUCUUGAUCUCAGGGUAGGUCCACUGCUGCUGUCUUCAUCGGCGUUGACCGUAAUUCAGUCCAUAUUCUCAUAAAGAGAUAAUGUAGGGAUCUCUCCAUCUCUUUGGCUGAUUUCUAUUAAAUACCAUCAUGAUGGUAGAAAUGUGUGAGCUUUGUAGAGUGAAGGGGGAGGGCAGUGUUGCUGCAGGUCAAUGGGAAAUGACACCUUUUGGAACAGUAUUGAUAUGUAAUAAAAACAGAAACGUGCUGGAAA